GAUUGGGCUCCAGAGAGGGACACGGGACCUCUGCCUGUGGUUCUCUCCUUCCGUUCUCUCUGCCUGUAGCCUUUUCCUCUUCCCUUCUGAGACUAUCCCUUUCCCCAUAUGCUCAUGAGUUGGUCCCCAGAGGAGUGCAGGGACCAGGGAGAGCCUCAGGGUGACAGAUACAGCCUGUGUGCCAAGCUGGUAGAGAAGCCUGAUAGAGGGUCUGAGGAGCACCUUGAGCCUGGCCUGGGACCUAUCAUCAUCCGCUCGGCUUCAGGACCCACCCUUGCCUUCUGGCAGGCAGUACUUGUUGGGGAUGUGGGCUCUGUCUCUCGAAUCCUCUCGGACUCCAGCACUGGUCUGGCUCCCGAUUCCAUCUUUGAUACCAGCGACCCAGAGCGAUGGAGAGAUUACCGCUUCAACAUCCGUGCUUUGAGACUCUGGUCUCUGACAUAUGAAGAGGAGCUGACCACUCCACUGCAUGUGGCAGCCAGCCGUGGCCACACUGAAGUUCUUGAGUUGCUGCUGAGGCGUCGAGCCAAGCCGGACAGUGCCCCCGGGGGCCGCACUGCACUGCAUGAGGCCUGUUCUGCAGGUCAUGCUGCCUGUGUCCGUGUGCUGUUGGUGGCUGGAGCAGACCCCAACACCCUGGACCAGGAUGGCAAACGCCCUUUGCAUCUCUGCCGGGGGCCUGGUAUCCUCGAGUGUGUGGAGUUGCUCCUGAAGUUUGGAGCACAAGUGGAUGGUCGGACUGAAGAUGAAGAAGAGACCCCUCUGCACAUAGCUGCCCGGCUUGGCCAUGUGGAACUAGCAGAUCUGCUUCUGAGAUGGGGUGCGUGUCCUGAUGUCCGCAAUUCUGAAGGUUGGACACCACUGCUGGCUGCCUGUGACAUCCGCUGUCAAUCCCCAAAGGAUGCUGAGGCCACCACCAACCGCUGUUUUCAACUGUGCCGCUUGCUGCUGUCUGUGGGGGCAGAUGCUGAUGCCGCCAACCAGGACAAGCAGCGGCCCCUGCACCUGGCCUGCCGCCACGGCCACUCAGCUGUUGUACAGCUGCUCCUGUCCUGUGGUGUCAACGCUAAUGCCAUGGACUACGGGGGACACACGCCUCUGCACUGUGCUCUGCUCGGUCCAACUACAGCAGUGGCCCACAGCCCUGAGCACACAGUGCGAGAUCUACUCAAUCACGGUGCUGUCCGAGUCUGGCCAGGGGCACUCCCCAAGGUGCUGGAUCGCUGGUGCAUGUCCCCACGGACCAUCGAGGUCCUGAUGAAUACAUACCGUGUAGUUCAGCUUCCUGAGGAGGCCAAGGGCUUGGUGCCACCAGAGAUUCUACAGAAGUACCAUGGAUUCUACUCUUCCCUCUUUGCCUUGGUGAGGCAGCCCAGGUCGCUGCAGCAUCUCUGCCGUUGUGCGCUCCGCAGUCACCUGGAGGGCUGUCUGCCCCAUGCACUACCGCGCCUUCCCCUGCCACCGCGCAUGCUCCGCUUUCUGCAGCUGGACUUUGAGGAUCUGCUCUACUAGGCUUGCUGCCCUGUGAACAAAGCAGACCCCACCCCCACCCCAAGGGCAUCUCUCAGCAAUGAAUGAUGCAAGGCGGUCUGUCUUCAAGUCAGGAGUGGACGCCUUGAUCCACACUUGAGAGAAGAGGCCAGAUCAGCACCCGGCUGGUAGUGAUGCAGAGGGCACCUGUGCAGAUCUGUGUGCGCACUGGAAAUCUCUAGGCUGAAGCCCAGAGCAAUGGUGCAGGUGUUAGUCCUUGGGAGGCAGAGACAGGAGGGUGGAGAGAGGCAGAGACAGGAGGGUGGAGAGUGGCCACAUUGUGCUAUGUGGUGAGAAUUUGUCUUAAAAAAAAAAAAAAGUCUACAGUUUGUGUGAUUUGGUACUGUCUCCAGCAAGCCUCCAUCUGCCUGGAUGUGACUCCCUCACACAGAAUCAGGGUAGGUUAGGCCUUGUGCAAGCUGCCUCACUGCUCCCUUCAGUACUCAGUAACAGGUCCCAGGCCAACCUGCCUCCUCUCCUCACAUGCAGUGGUUAAUAGCCUCUAGAGUGAGAACUUGUCAGAACAGGUGGCCUGAAGGGUGGGUGGGCAAGACAGAGGUGUGUGUAAAGAGAAGCUGGUGGUCAGGGGCUGGAGAUGGGAAAGCCCCUGGGACAGGGUUCACAGAUGUGGAAGACAAAGUAACCCCCGGCUUGGAUGAGGAUGGGGCCCUCUGCAUGGUUAAGAAAACAACCAUUUCUCCACUGCUCAUGCCACCUAUAGGUCUGGAAGCAUCACUCAGUGCACAUCUGGCUCUUGUUCUUUUUAAUCUGCUUUAUUAAAUUUUCUAUGUAAGUGU